UAUUUACUUAUCACGGUUACUCAAAGUGAUGUGGUUCAUGUGAGAUGUGUUUUCCUGUAGGAUGAGUUCAAGUGUUUUUUAACUAUCAUCAGUGUAAUUGAAUAUGUGGCUUUAAAAUUCUAUUACUUGAUAUGGUUUACUACAUCAAGCUGGACAGUAUGCAGGAAAAUAUAGGUCAGUUAAGUCAUAUAUCAAGUGUCAAGGGCGAGAUUGGACUGCUGGGCCAUCACAAGCAUGGUCUCACAGUCGUCACUACCACAGUGUUUGCCGUGGGAGAGAUGGCAGGUUCCGGUGUGCUAGCUCUGCCUGGAGCUCUACUUGGAACAGGCUACAUCGGCAUCCUGUUGAACGUUGUGUGUGCCCUGGUGUCUGCAUACACCGGGAUGCUGCUGGGCAAGUGUUGGCUGAUGGUCAUGAACAGAUAUGAAGAGUACCAAGUCCAUACGCGCUACCCUUACCCAGCUAUUGGUCAAGUCACCUUCGGUAAGCCAGGGAGAUUGCUGGUCUCCUGUGCCAUUAACUUCACGAUGUUCGGGGCUGCUGUUGUGUUUCUAUUGCUGGCUUCAGAGAAUCUCCAGUCGCUGGUCAAAAACGUUGGGAAGGAGAUCUCCUUCUGUUACUGGCUGCUUAUUGUAACCGCUGUCCUCAUUCCGAUCAGUUGGCUGGGAACACCAAAAGAUUUCUGGCCAAUAGCCAUUGGGGCAACUGUGGCAACCAGUAUUGCCUGUUGUGUGGUCAUCGCCAAUGUGGUCAUUGACAGCAAAACUCUGCCCGAAGCCUAUCACCCCAACGUGGAGUUCAAAACAUUUGCCUUCGCCCUGGGCACCAUCUGUUUCGCUUAUGGCGGGCACCCUGCUUUCCCCACAUUUCAGGCGGACAUGAGAAACCCAGAAAAAUUUGGUCUGGCAAUUUUUAUUUCUUACAUGAUUGUACUUUUCAUGUACCUCCCAGUGGCCAUCAUUGGCUACUACGUGUACGGGUCUCACACCAAGGACAACAUCCUUCAGUCCAUGUCAACUGGUCCCAUGCAGUACACUGUGGAGGUACUAAUAACAAUGCACAUCUUCUGUAGUUUCAUUAUAGUCAUCAACCCAGUGUGCCAGGAACUGGAAGAACUUUUAAGGAUACCAACACAUUUCGGUCCUAAACGAGUUAUAUUCCGAACAAUAAUGAUGGGAGUGGUUCUGUUUGUGGCCGAGUCUGUGCCUCACUUUGGCGCCAUCUUGUCACUCAUUGGGGGUUCAACUUUGACCUUGCUGGCUUACAUCCUGCCUCCAAUCUUCUACCUCAAACUCUGCUCCAUGGAGGGGGCCUGGGAGAAAAUUGUUGUGCCGCUGCACACCAAAGUUGCAUGUAUUGAAAUUCUCUGCGUUGGACUCAUCGUCGGCGUGGCAGCUACCUACUCGGCUGUCACAGACCUUGUCUCCAGCAGCUUCUCUAAGCCAUGCUACAUCAGUGUUGAUACCGUCCAGUGAAAAGAUACGCAGCUGCCUACAUUGUGUGAUGCUUUAUUUUUAAAUCUGGAAGUGAAAUGAUAUAUAAUAGAAUGUAUAAUAGUUGGACUUUGUUGUUUAUUUCAUUAAAACGUUUUAAACACUCA